CGCCGCCCGCCCGCCCGCGGGGAGAGCAGCGCCGCGGGCCCCGCGCGCACCGGCCCCGCCGAGCCCGACCCCGGGCGGCCGCGGCUGCUAUGCGGCUUCGCGGCGCACGGCCUGCACCGGGUUUGCGCCGACGCCUGCCGGACACUGACCCAGCUGAGGAUUAGGGACACCGGCUGCGAGCAGGGGACCCUGAAAGUGCCAGCUCUGCGAGGGAAAGGGCGAUGUGCCGUGCUCCAGCUGCUGCCUGCUGAGCCCGAGGACGAGUUUUGGAGCCUGCCUGGGACAAGCAGCACCCCAAUCCCAACGGGCAGCGCCAAACCUGCAACGCACCGUAGCCCUUACGCCAAGGAGACAUCGGACCAAGCCUGAGAGGGAUCAAGGGGGCCACAUCCUUCCUUCCUAACCCGGUGUCAACCCCGACGGCACUGCCCUCACCCCCCGGCAGCCCCCUCCAGGGCUGCCUGCCCGUGGCACUGCCCAGCUUUGGCCCCCAGCCCCGCUGGAGCGCGGCAGCCUGCCGGGCGCUGCCCCCCGGGCACUGCCCCCCGGGUGCAUCGCCCCCCGGCCCCCCGGGGACCCCCCGCCCGCCGGCAGAGCCAUGAAGCUGCAGGCGGUGAUGGAGAACCUGCAGCGGCAGCAGCGCGCGCGGCUGCAGCAGGCGCUGCAGGAGCAGCAGCAGCAGCCGCCAGCACGCUGCACGUCCCCUCCAGCGCAGCCCUCGCAGCCCCCGGGGCAGCCCCGGGGCCGUGGGCAGGAGGCGGCAGCGCCCUCGGAGGAGGGAGCGGAGCCCGAGAGCGCGCACAUGCAGCGGGCACAGAUGGCCGCCCUGGCUGCCAUGCGGGCGGCCGCCGCCGGCCUCAGCCACUCGCCCAGCCCGGGGCUGUCGGAUGAGAGCCAGGCCUCCGAGGAGGAGGAAGAGGAGGAGCGCGGAGAGGAGGAGGAAGAUGGCGGCGGGUACCAGCAGGAGAUGGGCUCUGAAGAGGAGGAGGAUCUAAAGGGCAAAUGGGAUGAAGAUGACUUUGAAGAGGACCUGGGUGAGGAGGAAGAGGAAGAAGAGGAGGAGGAGGAAGAGGAAGACUACGAGGAAGAAGAAGACAUGGGAGAGGAAGGGCUCAGCUCGACAGAGGCGGUGCGGGCGGGCGCGGGGUCCCUGCUGCUCCGCAAGCCCCCAGCGCCCCAGCACUACCGGGGGGAGCCCCCACGGCUGCCAGGGGGGCAGGAGCGGCUGCCCCCCGGCCUGGGCCACGCUCAGCCCCCGCCACCAGCCCCUGACCACGGCGACUGGACCUACGAGGAGCAGUUCAAGCAGCUCUACGAGCUGGAUGGCGACCCCAGGAGGAAGGAGUUCCUGGAUGACCUCUUCAGCUUCAUGCAGAAGCGUGGGACCCCCGUGAACAGGAUCCCCAUCAUGGCCAAGCAGGUGCUGGACCUGUACAUGCUGUACACGCUGGUGACCGAGAAGGGGGGGCUGGUGGAGGUCAUCAACAAGAAGCUGUGGAGGGAGAUCACCAAGGGGCUGAGCCUGCCCACCUCCAUCACCAGCGCGGCCUUCACCCUGCGCACCCAGUACAUGAAGUACCUGUACCCCUACGAGUGUGAGAAGCGUGGGCUGAGCAACCCCAACGAGCUGCAGGCGGCCAUCGACAGCAACCGGCGGGAGGGCCGGCGGCAGGGCUUCGGGGGCUCCCUCUUUGCCUACUCACCCGGUGGCACCCACGGCCUGCUCUCCUCGCCCAAGCUGCCAGUGCCAGCGCUGGGGCUGGCGUCUGCCACCAACGGCGGCGCCAUCACGCCUGGCCAGAAGAUCAAGAAAGAGGAGGACUCUCCCAUCCCCAUCUCCAUGCCCAGCCGGCUCCCGGUGUCCCUGGCCGGGCACCCGGUGGUGGCGGCGCAGGCGGCCGCGGUGCAGGUGGCAGCGGCCGCCCAGGCCGCGGCGCUGGAGCAGCUGCGGGAGAAGCUGGAGUCGGGGGAGCCGCCGGAGAAGAAGCUGGCGCUGGUGACGGACGAGCAGCAGCGGCUGAUGCAGCGGGCGCUGCAGCAGAACCUCCUGGCCAUGACAGCCCAGCUGCCCAUGAGCAUCCGCAUCAACAGCCAGGGCACCCGCUCGCCAGGUCAGUGCCGGCCCCGGCCCCGCGUGCCCGCGCGGCUCCCGGCCCCGGCGGGCUCGGUAACGCGGCUCUCCCCGGCAGAGAACCGCCCGGACGCCGCCGCCGCCAGCAGCAACGGCACCAACAGCAUCAGCAUGUCCGUGGAGAUCAACGGCAUCGUGUACACAGGUGUGCUGUUCGCCCAGACGCCCGGCCCUUCCUCCUCCUCUUCCUCCUCCUCCUCCUCUGCCUACAGCAAAGGCAACGGCGGCAGCAGCAGCCGGAGCAGCGGCGGCAGCGGGGUGGGGAGCGGCGGUGGGAGCGUGCCCCCCGCCCCGGCCGGCCUGGCCGUGCCCCCCAGCUCUACCUCCAACAGCGCUUCUUCGCCUUAACGCCCCCAGCCUCGGGCACCGGCGCCCGCGGGGGGACGGCGCCACACCGGGGCUCGCCGGGGUCUUCUGGGGUCUCGCCGGGGUCUCACACGAGGUCUUGCCAGGGUCUCACCAGGAUCUUGCUCAAGGUCCUGCCAGGGUCUCACUGGGGUCUCACCAGGAUUUCACCAGGAUCUCACCAGGGUUUCAUUGAGAUCUCACCUGGGUCUCACUGGGAUCUCACCAAGGGUCUCACCCAAGACCUGGGUGAGACUGGGGCCUCACCGGGGUCUCACCAAGGGUCUCACUCAAGGUCUUGCCAGGGUCUCUCUGGGGUUUUGCUCGAGGUCCUGCCAGGGUCUUACUGGGAUCUCACCAAGGGUCUGGCCCGAGGUCUUGUCAGGGUCUCAACAGGAUUUCACCUGGAUCUCACCAGGGUUUCAUUGAGAUCUCACCUGGAUCUCACCAGGGUUUCAUUGAGAUCUCACCUGGGGUCUCACCAAGGGUCUCACCCGAGACCUGGGUGAGACUGGGGUCUCACUGGGAUCUCACCAGGGUUUCAUUGAGAUCUCAUUUGGGUCUCCCUGGGGUUUCAUUGAGAUCUUGUCUGGGUCUCACUGGGGUCUCACCAAGGGUCUCACUCGAGGUCUUGCCAGGGUCUCUCUGGGGUCUCAGCAGGAUUUCACUGGGGUCUCACCAGGGUUUCAUUGAGAUCUCUCCUGGGUCCCACCAGGGUUUCAUUGAGAUCUCUCCUGGGUCCCACCAGGAUCUCACCAAGGGUCUCCCCCAGGUCUUGCCAGGGUUUCUCCUGGAUCUUCUCAGUCUCUCAAUGGGCCCUGCCCUUGUUCUCGUGUUGUUGGAUUUUCCUUUUCCAGGCAGAAAAGCUUUAGCCCGGGGGGUUUUGCUGGAGCCACCGCCGGCCGUCCGGCUGCGCCGCUCCGGGACCGUUUACCUCACUCACAUCACACUUUGCACUGUACAUUUAUUAUUAUUAUUAUUAUAAUUAUUGUUAUUUUUUAACUCGUGUUACCUCCAGACAGACGCACGGACGCCUGCCGACGCGAGCUCUAGCGAAACCCCCCCGGAAUUCUAAAGGAAAAAACAAAACAAAACCAAAAAUCCUAAAAAAAAAAAAAAAAAAUUGGAAAUAGGGAGAUAUUUUAUUCAUUUCCAUCCUUUUCCCUCCUUUGUUUUGGGAACUCCACUCUCUGCAGGAUUUUAAGAGGUUGUUUUCGAUUGUUUUGUUGUAAAUAGCUUCUAUUUUAUUCUCUAAAAAAAAAAGAAAAAAAAAAAGAAUCAAUCUUUUAACAUGCAAAUGAUAUAUAUUAGUCUUCAUCAGGGAAAAUGGGAGCUUGGAAAAAAGUUGGAAUCUCCUUUCUCCUCUCCUUAUCGGUGGUUGGGUCCAGCUCUGCUCCUUCCCCCACCGCCAAAUCCUAAUUUUUAUUCCUCCCCUUGCAUAAAACUACUGUUUAAAGCCACUUUGGGCUUAUUUCCUCCAAAACCAAGCAGGAUCCAGAGGAUGGGGAUGCUCGGAGCUGCAGGACGCUCUGGAGCACACACAACCCAAAGCAUUUAUUUUAAACCCCACAAUCUCAGUUUCUUUUAAAUAUUUCCCUCCUCCCCCUCCCACACAAAAAAUAAGAAAAAUGAUUCACCCACAUCUGCGUGAGACACAAUCCAAGCCGAUACCGAAACCCCCUCGCCCCCCUCGGUAUCUCCGUUCUCAGGUUCCCACCUGGAGCACAGGGUUUUUCCCCCCUUCCCCAGGUGCCCCCCAACCCCAACCUUUUUUAUUUUUAAUUUCACUCGGGGAAGUGGCGAUCUCAGGGGAUUUGGGUUUUUUUUUUUUUUCCAGCUGGUUUAUUGUUGUUUUGGGGUUUUUUUUUUUCCAUGCUGGAAUCCCCUUGGUGGCUCUUUUUGGGGUGGGGGUCUUGGUGGCUUCGUGGACCCUUUUUUGGGGGGGCCUGGGAGGGUCCGUCCAGCUCCUGCUGCUGUUGGGGGUCCAGCCCAGCUCCCCAUAAGGAGAAAUUCCAAGGGGGAAUUUUCAUGCCCAGGGCAGGCUUAGAUUUUCUUUGUGAUUUUUUUUUUUUUUUUUUGGCAUUGUACAGUCACUGUUUUGGGUUGUUUUGGGUUUUUUAUUUUUAUUUUCCCUCCCCCCUCCUUUCUCUGCCCCUCCCUUUAUUUUUGUUUUUGAGAGCGGGUGACUUUCCACUUUAUUUUUCUUUUUUUGCAUAUCGAUUUAAAAAUAAUAAAAAAGAGCCUAAAUCAGUUUUUUUUUGGGGGGGGGGGGGUUGGAAAGAAAAUUAAACUAAAGGAGCAGCCCCAGCUGCAGCUGCCCCCUUCCCCCCCCAGCGUUGCAUAUCUUAACUCAGGUAAAAAAGGAAAAUGAGAAAAGAAAAAAAAACCACAAAAGACAAAAAAAAAGAAAAAAAAGGAAUAAAAAAAUAAACCACAUUCUACCUCUGAGCGCGGCGGCCUCGGGCGCACCCGGGGCCCCGGUGAAAGAUUUCAGUUUUUGCAAAACAUUCAGGUAUUGAGACUUUUUUGAUUAUUAUUAAAAAAAAAAAUUUAAAAAAUUUAAAAAAAAAGAGAAAAUAAACUUAAAAAACACUGAAAGUUUACAUUUUAUAAUAACAUUAUUAUACAGAUUGUAUUUAAACGUCAGAAUAUUUAAGACAAUUGUAACCCUGUAAAGUGAA